GCUUCCGGCGGGUCCUGCCGGGCCACUGCUUCCUGUUUCCGGCCGGCGCAGGCGGUGCUCGGGGCGCGGGAGCUCGGCGCCGCCCUUCCUCGCUCGGCAGGCCGAGAGGCGCCCCCGCCGCAGGGCUUUCCCAAUAGAAAACAGAAAAAAUGUUCGAUAUUAAGGCUUGGGCGGAAUACAUCGUGGAGUGGGCUGCAAAGGACCCAUACGGCUUUCUGACUACAGUGAUCUUGGCCCUCACGCCAUUGUUUGUACUUAGUGCAGCGCUUUCGUGGAAGCUUGCAAAAAUGAUUGAGGCCAGGGAGCGAGAGCAAAAGAAGAAACAGAAACGCCAGGAGAAUAUUGCAAGAGCCAAAAGAUCAAAGAAGGAUUGAAUGGGGAAAAUGGGCGUUCCUUGUGAAAAGAAUCCACUGUUCUUUGAUACUUGAUCAUGUUAUUUCUUGAAGUAUGACAUUUAAUCCCUUCAAUGUAUCUUUUCUGUUGAGAUGAUUUGCGUUAAAAGUUUACCCCAGUGACACUCAUUACAGUCAUUAAUCUACUACCUGUGUUGUAGUGCAGGUUGUUUUUCUAAGUUUGUGUGUUAAACAAAAAUUUAUCUGUUGGGUGACUCUGGAGGCAGAUUGUUUUUUUUUUUUUUUAGCUGAACUAUGACUUAAGUGUCUUAAGAUUGUCAAAUUAUGGGGAAAAUGAGAAUGGCAAACUAGGUUACAGAAAGACAAGUUUUGGUGUACCUGCAGCUUCAGCUGGGUUGCUAAUCUUUAAGCUCACUGUACUUGGCCCUGUGGUUCAUGCAGCUGUGUGCCUAGAGGAUAUGCUGUAGUGGCAUUGAUGGUGGGGCUUGUCUGCAAAAAGACCCUAAAACUUGGCUUUUCUUGUUUCCUGAACUGCCAGCCAUCAAGAGUCUUUCAGGUCAGCCCAAACUCUAGGAAACUGAUUGCUUGUUCUUAUUACCUUCGUUUGUCUUAAACCAUUCAUGUUCUACAAAAUACCUGUUGUUUGGUUUUUCCCUAAGGAACAGCUGAACACUCCACCUGUAACUGAUUUGUUUCUGCCUCCAGAAACUUGUUAUGCUUCAAAGAACAGCCAUAAAUAGGGUGAGACCAAAGGCCCAGGUGGGCUGAUGUUCUGUGUCCCAGUGACCGAGGGCAGGUGGCUGUGGGAGAGUGCAGGAGGAGGAUACGCAUGCUGGUGACAGUGGUUCUGGUUAAUCCUCUGUGCUAACCCUCUGGCUACCUUUGACUUAGAACUGUCUGAAUUUAGGUGGGAUCUUUGUUCUCACAACCUUGAAACUCUGCUGCCUUCCAUAUUGCAAAAUACGGGCAUACUGAAAAAAGUCCAAGUGGGGAUUGUGUUGUAAAUAAUGCCAAAAUUAUUUAACCUUAAUUCAGAUUCAUGUUUUUCUAACAGAAUUGAUUUUUCAAAGCCUAAUUUUUAUUAAUAGUCUAGUUCUAGAGAGCUUGUGACAGUCAUUAGGUUUUUAGACUUACAGAUGUGCUUUUUAGAAACUAGUCCUCCAUUAUUCUUCAACAUAAAAUCUUAAAAUGACACAUUGUUCAACUGAGGAGACCUGUAGAGCUGGCUGACACCAAGGGGGAUGAGAAGCAGACAGCGUACCCAAAGUGGGUUAAAGUGAAUGUAAAAUAUUGUUGGAUCCUCUCUCAGUUUUGUUGGUCAAAGCAAGCAUUACCAGAGUAUGACAUUUCAGCAUUUUAUAAAUAUGUGGGAUUAAGUGUCCACCGUUUUGUCUCAAGUGUUGUCCAAUGUGUAUGUGUUCCACCUUUGAUACCUAUGUAGCUUAAAAUACAUGAGGGAGAGCUGAUGAGG